AUGUUCAUGAGUUAUUAUGGACUUCAAGAAAAUUACUAUUGUUUUCAUGUUUGUGGUAUUAACAUGAACGUCUCCUUGGAAGAUGUUUUGUUUUUGACCAACUUGUCCAUUACGGACCGAGCAAUUAUAUCUGAAAGCAAUAAAGACCUUAUGGCUUUUAACCGGGUUUUUUCCUUACCUGCUGUUAAUAAACUUAAGUUAAGUGUGUUGAAAAAUAUUUGCUGUGAUUUAAGUAAAAAUGAUGAUGAUAGGAUAAAAGUUGUCCUCCUUAUGAUUGUGUCUUGUCUGAUCGUUCCAAGUGGGGAUGAUCAAAACUGCAAAACCACAUACGUCCAAUUUAUUGAAAAAUUGGACGAAGUGGAUUCUUAUGCUUGGGGAGCGGCACUAUUGGCCUUUCUAUAUCAAGGUCGAAAGGAGAAUCAUUUACGUAAUAAGAAAGUUGACGGAUUUGUAUGGCUGAUAAUGGGAUUUUUCUUUUAUCAUUUUAAAGGACUUCAUAAUAUCCUCAAUAUUAUUGUUGUUACUGCGGAGGAAAAUCGUAUGCCUAAUAUGCCACUAUUGGCAUAUUUGAUAAAGGAUCUUUUCACACUCGGCAAAAACCGUCACGGAAAAGUCCAUCAUAAUUUAGGACAAAAGUUUCAGUAG